UUCCAAUCAAUAGCGUCUACAAGCUGAAAGAGACGCUCGAUCUAACCCCUCCCUUUAACGAUUCUUCCUUCUCCUUCUCCUUCUCCUUCUCAUUCAUUUGCCCAUUUGCAAGUUCAAGACAACACCCUCCUCAGAUCUGUCCAAUCGCCGCUGCCAUUUGAGUGGGAGAGGUGAUAAUGGCUUUGAAUCGCUCGCUUCUGGUGAUACUGGCGCUGAUUGUAAUGGCGUCUGUUGUGAGUGGGGAUGAACCCCCGAUUAAGCCGAAGGUUAAGACUGUGAAGGGGAAGAAGCUUUGUGAUAGAGGAUGGGAGUGCAGUUGGUCUACUUAUUGUUGCAAUUUGACCAUUUCCGACUACUUUCAAACCUAUCAAUUUGAGAAUCUCUUCUCUAAGCGUAAUUCGCCGGCGGCUCAUGCCGUCGGUUUCUGGGAUUUCUAUUCCUUCAUUCUCGCCGCCGCCCAGUUCGAGCCGCUCGGAUUUGGAACCACUGGGGAUAAGAAGAUGCAGAUGAAAGAGAUUGCUGCUUUCUUAGGCCAUGUCGGCUCUAAGACCUCUUGUGGUGAUGGAGUGGUCACUGGAGGGCCACUUUCUUGGGGACUCUGUUUCAACAAGGAAAUGAGUCCAAGCCAGGAAUAUUGCGAUGACUACUUCAAGCUCACUUAUCCUUGUGCUCCUGGUGCUCAAUAUUAUGGCCGUGGUGCUCUGCCCAUUUACUGGAAUUACAAUUAUGGCAAGAUUGGGGAUGCAUUGAAGCUUGACCUGUUGAACCAUCCUGAAUAUGUUGAGCAGAAUGCUACCAUUGGAUUCCAAACUGCAAUAUGGAUGUGGAUGAACCCAGUGAAAAAGUCACAGCCUUCACCCCAUGAUGUCUUUGUUGGCAAUUGGAAACCCACCAAGAACGACACCUUGUCCAAAAGGGUCCCCGGUUUUGGCGCAACCAUGAAUAUUCUCUACGGUGAUUCCAUCUGUGGGAAGGGUGAUAUUGACCCCAUGAACAACAUUAUUUCUCAUUACCAAUAUUACCUCGAUUUGAUGGGUCUCAGUCGUGAUGAGUCCGGGACUCAUGAAACACUUUCAUGUGCCGAACAGAUCCCGUUUAAUCCAACUUAUGUCGCCCCAACUUCAUCUUCUUGAGAUUCAUCCACCACAAUGGUUUGAAAGCAUCAAGAAAUACCAUUAGCCCAAGUAAGAACCAAGACAUCCUUAUACAAUUAUUUAAUGUGUGCAGUAAAUUAGUCAAACGAUCAGUAUGUUUGGAUUGAAUAAUCUGUAUUCUUUUUUUCUCUUUUUGUCAUAAUUUAUACUCCUAGGAUUCCUGUGUUUCUGAGAUGUCAAUGAAUCGCUUGGUAUGUAAUAUAUCUGUAUUACUGUGAAACAAUUUGAUUUCUUUGGUCGAAAUGCGUGUUGCCGACAUGGUCCUCUUUGUUUGAUGGCAGUGUC